UGCACAGAGCUGCUCUACACUCAGGCGGUGUGGCAGUGUGUGAACCCACAGCUGGAUUACUGCAUUCAGUUCACAGCGCUGAACACAUCACACACACUGCUCACCUACCUGCAGAGUAACGCUGUGGUCCUGCAGCUGUGGGGUCUACAGGGUAUACACAUGCACACACACAGAGGCUAUUGUAAGGCUCUGUCCCCUAACACUGGCAACCCUAGUGACAUUAGGAAUUAAAUUUGUUUACUUCCUGUUUUGUCUGGCGUGUGCAGAGGGAUGUUCUGAAAUGACGUCACAUCUGCACAGUGUGAAGAAAACUCCGGACAACAACAUCCUCAUCGACACAGCCGAGGACUCAGAGCACACGAGUGUGGAUAGCUCAGUGUCAUAUCAGAGUGUGUGUGUGAGAGAUCUACAUGAGGAUCUGGAGCAGCUGAAGAACACCAAUGCAGCACUGAGGAGAGAGAAUGACACACUGAGGGAACAGCUCAACACAAACACACCACGUGGUGUGGAGUGUGCUCGAGGGCGCAGAGGAAGCCUGAAGUCCAGCUGUGAUGCUGAAUUCGCUCGAGCGCUAAAAGUGUUUUACCACAGCAUGACGUCGGUUCGAGCUCAGCUGCAGCGGCUGCGCAGACACAGACCCAGUGAGGAGGUAGACCUGCAGGGUCUGAGAUUUUUUGUGGAUGAGCAUACACACCUGCUGAAAGAGUUCAGUGAGCAGUUGGAGCAGUGUGUGUGUGCGCUGAAGCAGGAUGUAGCAGCCAUCGUUCGGCGGAAGAGAGAGAAAUCUGCAGUGUGGUCUUAACCUACGCCCACUCAACAGGUGAGCUCACAUUCACUACACAUUACACACCUGGUCAGUGUUUCUCACCAUUCAUUUCUAAUUCAUUGUUUUUUAAUGAACAGAGAGAGUAGAGAACUAGUGUAGGAAAGUAAGAACGAUCCAGGGGCGGAGCCAAAGCAAGCAUGGACCAAUCAGUGUGUCUGAUUACACAGUGAUAUAUUAGCUGUAUGAGAAUCCCUGUACCUCUCAGCCACUCAGAACACAUUUUAUUUAACACACACACACACACACACACACACACACACACACACAG